UUUUACGAAAUUAUUUUUAGUAACAAAUAAAGACCGUUUACCUGAGCUCCCUUCAUCUUCCCUAUAAAAAUGUCUAAAACCACGGGAAACUUAAGAUCAUAACGAGCACUCAAACAAAGGAGCAAGAUUGAUCCGUAGAAGAAAAGAUGGGACCUUUUUGCACCCCAAUUUGUAGGGAUACUCGACCAUGUGGUCGACCAUAUUGCACAUACAACAUAGAAGGUGAACGAGGAGAACGAAGCUUUUUCCGAAGAUUCCGAAAUAAUACACAAAGAGAAGAAGGAGAUCUCUUUGCAAGAUAUUUUCAAAACAACUUUGUAGGACAUCAAGAAGAACAAGGAGAAGGAAGAGGAUUAUUCCAAACAUAUUUUCAAAGAAAUAGACGAGGAGGACGAGGAGACCGCCAUCAACCACCACAUUUUGUGAACAAUAUAGGAGGAGGAGGUCGUCAUGGAAUGUAUUUUGAUAGCAAUGUAGGAGGAGAAGGAAGAGGACAUCACCAACCAUACUUUGUGAACAACAUCAUUGGGGACGCUGGAGGCACAGGUGAUGGUGCAAGUGGUGUUGGCAGUGGAGUUCCGAUCUACCAAACAACAGUUGGACCAGGGGAUGUACUCUUUCUUAGACCAAAUUGAAGUAUAAUUCUUCAACAUGGAAUUAGAUGUACUUCGUGUAUGAGUGGUUUUAAUGUAAUACUAAAUAUGUGGAUUUGAGUUUGUAUGA